AAAGUCAAAACCCCACAAAGGCAUUAAAAAAUAGAAAGAAAAAAAACCGAUCAAACCCAAAAGCCCUUUGGUAAAUUCCACCACCACCAAACCAAACCAAACCAAACCGAGUCAUUUUUUGUUUUUGUUGUGUUUUCUUAAUUGCUUUUUAUGGGCACAAAAUUCACAAAGAAUUAGGAAAGAGAAAAUCACAACCCUUUCAAAUCUACAAAUCAAGUUUUCAUCUUUCUCAUCACUUUUCCAUCAAAACUCUCUGUCCAAACCUUAAUCAUUUUUUCAACAUCUUUUAUCUAAGGUUUUGGACAUUGUUGGAAAUAACAACAAGGUCUUUGAUGGUUUCCACUUUUACAUAUUAUUAUGGUGUCAAUAUUCAUUAGUAGGCAUUUGAUUUCGGGAGCUAGUGAUAGUGACUUGGGAUCAGUAACGUAGAUGGUGUAGAUAGCAAAAAAAAAAAAAAAAAACUAGGUCAUUUUUUGUAUUUGUAAUUGACUUUUAUUAUAUGAUAUAUUUGUUGCUCAGUUGUGUGGGUGGUAAGGUUAUGUAAGGCAUGGUAUCGGCUACAUUUAGGCGAAUUGUGUCACCCUGUUGGAGGCCAUCUAUUGUGGGCGAAAAUUCUAGUAGAUAUGGCGAUGCAAGUGGACGUUCCGAUGGUUUGUUGUGGUAUAAAGAUUCCGGAAGACACGCGAAUGGUGAAUUCUCAAUGGCUGUUGUUCAAGCAAACAAUUUGUUGGAGGAUCAUAGUCAAAUUGAAUCAGGACCCAUGAGCUUGAUUGAAGGAAGUCCUCGAGGUACUUUUGUUGGUGUAUAUGAUGGCCAUGGAGGUCCAGAAACAGCCCGGUUUGUCAAUGAACGCCUAUUUAAACAUAUCAAGAAGUUCACUUCAGAAAACCAGGGAAUGUCAGCAGAUGUUAUCACGAAAGCAUUUUUGGCAACAGAAGAAGAAUUUCUUGCUGUGGUAAAGAAGCAAUGGCAACACAAACCACAGCUAGCGUCGGUUGGAUCUUGCUGUUUGGUAGGCGUAAUAUAUAACGGAGAGCUCUAUACUGCAAAUGCAGGAGACUCUCGAGCAGUGUUAGGCAGACUGGAUGAGGCUACAAAAGAGAUUAAAGCGGUUCAACUAUCAUAUGAGCACAAUGCUAGCCGAGAAUCUGUCAGAGAGGAGCUACGCUCAUUGCAUCCUGAUGAUCCACAGAUCGUACUGAUGAAGCACACGGUCUGGCGCGUGAAGGGUCUCAUUCAGAUUUCAAGAUCCAUUGGCGACGCUUAUCUAAAGAGAAAAGAAUUUAACCAAGCACCACUGUUGGCAAAGUUUCGGCUGGCAGAACCCUUUGAGAAGCCCAUCCUUAAAGCCGAACCAACAGUACAAGUACAGAAACUACAACCUAGUGAUCAAUUUGUUAUAUUUGCAUCAGAUGGAUUAUGGGAGCAUUUGAGCAAUCAAGAAGUCGUUGACAUUGUCCAAAGCAGUCCACGCAAUGGAGUAGCGAAGAAACUGAUAAAAACAGCACUUUGUGAAGCUGCAAAGAAAAGAGAAAUGAGAUACUCGGACUUGAAAAAGAUUGAUCGUGGAAUACGGAGACAUUUCCAUGAUGACAUCACGGUUAUAGUUUUGUAUCUGGAUUCAUAUAAUCCACGUGCUCCCGUCGUUUCAAUUAAAGGAGGUGGUGAUUUUGGUAUCGGUAUUGUAAAUGGCUAGUUUGAGAUUUUGGUAUCAAUUGAAAGUUCUCCAUCAUCUCUUAAAUUUGUAUUCCAAGUGUAAAUUUUCUUCUUCUCAGUCCCAUACCAUUCCUGGGAUAUAAUAGUUUCAACUUUCAAGAACAAAUUUCCUCCCUCUCUAUCUCUGACUUAUUUUCUUUUUCUUUUCCA